AUGGCCACGGGAGCCUUCGACUUCCGCAACAACCUCCGCUACUGCACGGAGGCGGACUUGUCAAAAGACUUGUCUGGACGCGCAGCGGUCGUCACCGGUGCUAGCAGCGGGAUCGGACGUUGCGUUUCAACCCAGCUCGUCCGGCAGGGUUGCAAGGUUUAUCUGGCGGGCCGAGACAAAGAGAAGCUCAAGAGGGUAGCCAAGGAGCUGGGCGAGCGGGCUCGAGUUCUCUACGUCGAUUUCUCGGACUUGACCACAGUGAAAGCAGCUGCCCAGGAGCUCCUCGGAUCGCUGACAAAGUUGGACUACCUGGUGAACAACGCCGGGACGUACAACCACCCCCAUGCCUGCACCAAGCAGGGCCACGAAUGGCACAUGGGCGUAAACCAUCUUGGGGCAGUUCUCUUCACAUUGCUGCUGACACCACUCCUUAUCAAGUCUGCACCCGCCCGAGUGGUUCUCACUUCGAGUGCCUUGCACUACUCCACCGGCGGCCGGGGGCGAAAGCUUGGCUACAUCGACUGGGAGGAUUGGAACUGGAUCACGCGGAAUUAUGAGCGUGAGCUUGCCAUGACCCAAUCGAUGCUUGCCAAUGUGAUGUGGGCUACGGAGUAUGCUGAGCGUUUUGGCCAGCAGGGCAUCACCGCCGUGUCCGUGCACCCAGGCUGCGUGUCUACUGGGGCUCAACGUCACAUGCUGGGCGAAGGAUGCUACGCGAGUUGCUUCAAGUGCUUCUUGAAGUGGGGCAUCCGAAUGAUUGAUGUUUGGCCGGGAUCCCAAUCGACUCUCUACGCCCUGCUCUCCGACGACGUGCCAAAUCAUAACGGGGGGCACUUCGCCCAGGCAUAUUCUCCGGUACUCCCGUUUGGCGAGCCGGUCUACGAAACCAAGGAUCAAGAUUCAGGUGGCUGGCCGAUGGCAGAGCCUCUGCCCUUCGCUCGCGAUCCAGUGAACCGUGCGAGGCUUUGGAAGCUCUCCGAGGAUGCCGUGCGCUUCUUUCUUGACCGUGCGUGA